AAACAAAUCUCAAAUACAUUUUUUAAAAGUAUCUCUUAGGCAUGUGGAUAUAGGGUAGCGAUGACGCGUUGAUUGGGAUGUUUCUUGUAUUGUUCAGUGUGUAAAGGAAUUAAUAAUGGGAAAUAUUUGUGUGUGUGUGUUUUUGUGUGUAGCUUCUCCGCCGUUCAUGUUAGCAUGCUCCCGGCACAGUGCUAGCAUCGUCUCCGGCUGGUCGGUGUGUGUGUGGGGGGCCAUUUUCUGAAUAAUGCCGCUGAUAGGCCUGUCACAGUCUCGCUCUGCGCUUCUCCCCUCGCUUCAUUAGCGAGCAGUUCAUUUCAUUUCAACACCACAGUUAUGGCAAGGACGUUACUCGGUCGCGACUUUACGACCUAGCCAGAGCUGGCUUAACUCAACUUCGUUAGCUAGCUAGUUAGUUAGUUAGCUAAACCCCAACAACCGAAAAGGAAAUUAGACUUAGCUAGCUAGCUAGCUAGCAGCAGCGAGUUAGCACCAGCCCGGACACAAAGGACUCCUGAAUUCCAGCUAGCUUUAGCUUCCUAGCUAGCUGCUAGCUUUGCUAACAUUGUUUACAUUUCGGAAUUGCAGUUGAAACAUAUUUAUAAGCUACAUUAAAAAAAUAUAUAUGUAUUAUAAAACAAAGCGUUGCCAGUGUGUCAACUCAGUGAGUCGACUCUUAAUUGAACUGGUAAGAAUGAGUUAGUCUGCUGAGUCGGUUCGUAGAAAUGUUAGAUGGAAUAAUAAACUCCAUCCUUUGUUUGAAUCGUGACUUGCUUCAGCUUUCAUUUGUCUGUUUUAUCUUACAAAAUACAAGCUUUGCUUUAUAUAAAUAUUACUUAAUAACAUGUUUAUAAAAAAGAAUCUGUGUAGAAAAGUGUUGACUAUUAAAUCUGCGUUGGCCCAGUGAGUUACCAAAGCUGCUUCUGACUCUGUUUUGGCAGACGAGACUUUUUCCUUUAGUUCUGGCAGAAAUCAGAGGAUUUUCUAGAUUUUAUAGUGAAAGUUAUUAAAGUAUCUAACAGAUUUAUCCCAAGUGAAUACUUAGAGACAUGAGGCUCAAUAAAGUUCCAUUUAAGCUGAGGCUUUAAGUCAGGCUUUAGGAUAUGUAUCUUUAACUUUUAUAAGGGUGAAUAUCCAGUAUUUUAUUAUUAUUAUUAUUAUUUUUUUAAAUAUAUUUUUGAUACAAUUACAAUAUCCAAGCUCUUUGUAACCAAAAAUAAUUUCAUGCAACUUUCUGUUGCAAGUUAGGUGAAACACAAAGGAUGGAUUUCGGGAAGGUUGUGAAUUAUGUUCAUUGCAAAUUCUGUCUCGGAUGUUCAUGACAUAAAGCCAAUCUAUUUGGUCAAAUCUGAUCCAGUACUGAUCCAGGUUUUCACCUCGGUAUCGGACCGGUACUUUGCACAUAGACAUGUUGGAAUAUCUUCUGUUUUAAACCUUUGAUGAUAAACCUAGAGAUGUAUUUGAGAUGUAUUUGAGUACCACAGCGAUGUUUAAUUCUUGAUUCUGGUUGGUCUGAAAGUGAUUAAUUUUCUAUAACCACAACUCUGGCAGUGCUUCCAGCUGUAAUUCAAAUCACAGGUUUAUAUUAAUGCACUUGUCCUAAUAUGUUAUCGUUUCUAUAGUAACAACUAAAUCACAGGGACUUGUAAAUGGAUAACAAAAUGUGGUGUUAUUUGACCAAGAAAAACACGAUGACGUUUAUUUCGCAUUUAUGGAAGGAGUCUCCAGCGGCAGUGUUGUGUAACGUUCAGUCAGUUUUCAGACACCGGAAAGUCUUCAGGACAGAGGGAUUAUUAUUCGGUCUUAUUAACUUCAGGAGAAAGACAAAAAGAGAGACUGGUGAGAUUUUUCUAUUUUGUACAUACAUUCUUUUGUAUAUACUGUAUAUGAUGACCUCGCUGGGCGGCGACCGAGCCCGGGGCACUCGGGAGAAAGUGCUGCCCACAUCCACACAGACCACACAGCCACAGAAACAGCUUCAGGCUACAGUCGAACAGAUCCGACUUGCCCAGAUGAUUUACGAUAAGAAUGAUGCAGAUUUUGAAGAUAAAGUCAACCAGCUCAUGGAGGUGACGGGGAAGAACCAGGAUGAGUGCAUGGUCGCUCUUCAUGACUGUAAUGAGGAUGUCAACAGAGCCAUCAACUUCCUGUUGGAGGGGACCUCUGACACGACCUCUUGGGAGACGGUGGGUAAGAAGAAAAGCCUUGGAAAAGACGGCAUUUCCUCAGAGAGCAAGGAGAACAAGGAGAAUCGGGAGAAGAAAGGCGAGAAAGAGAGCAGCAAAGCUCGUGGAGGAGCAAACCGGAGAGGAAAGGGGGCCAGUCGUAAUCGGCCGGUGAGGGUUGAGGAGAAUGGAGUGGAUUCCGCACCGGUGGAUAAAGGAUCUGACCGUGGCCGCAGGGGGAAAGGACGAGUGUCUGGAGGCAGAGGGAGAGGCCGUGCCCCAGGGGCCAGCAGGUUCACAGCACAGGGAAUGGGGACCUUUAACCCAGCGGACUACACUAUGGACAGUGGCACGACUAACUCGCAUGCUGACGUCUGGGAAUCCGGGACCAACGAUGCCUCAGAUGGAACAGUGGCAUGGCGCAACACUCUGGAAGACUGGGCAGCUGAAGAUUGGACUGAGGAUGUGAGUCUCGCAGAGACCAAAGUGUUCACCUCCUCAUGUGCACCUCCAGCUGAGAACCAUAUCACACCUGGCCAAAGUCUGGACCUGGCGUCUCUGCUGCAGAAGCCUGCUGGCAGGGAAGAGUUGGAGAAUCUGAAGCCAGCCUCGUCUCAAGGGCUCGGCCACAGCCUCGUCUUCACCAACUCCCACCACCAGCCCACACGCAACGGAGGCACCACCACUGGCACUACCAGCUACGCACAUGCCACCCUGUCCUCAGUUCUGGGUUCUGGAUUUGGGGAGCUGGGUGGCCCUAAGCUGGGACAGACUGCUGGACAACAGAUACUGGAACAACUGAAGGGACCAGGUCUUGGGCAGCUUACAUCCCAGCCUCCUAGCUCGGGGGACAACUGUGCCCCUGUAGGGGGACUGGGGGGUACAGGUAUGUCUGUUCCCUCUUCAUCCUGGGAUAUCAAACCUCCUGGAACACAGAGCUCUGCCUCACUGCCCUCCCAAUUCAGUCGGGAGUUUAAGAUGCAACCAGAGCCUUCGUUGGUGCUAAGCCAGCUGAGCCAGCGGCAGCAGAGCUCUCUGAGCAACACGGGAUCUCUAUCGCUGGCGAGGCAGCCCAGUCCUCCACCGCAGAAUGGCCCGUCGGCCAACCAGGCUACUCUGGAGGCCUUCUCCAAAGCACCAGAGCCUUCUCAAUCCCACGUGGCCCCUCCGCAGGCUGCAGACUCGCAGGUCAACAGCACGCAGCACCGGCAGAUUAAGACACAGAAACGAAGGAUAACUCCCACAUCUAAGAUUCCGUCCACUGCGGUGGAGAUGCCUGGCUCGGCAGAUGUUUCUGGGCUCAAUGUACAAUUUGGCGCUCUGGAUUUUGGCUCGGAGUCAGCAUUGCCAGACUUUGGCCAGGCUGAAAACUGCAACAGUGAAGCUACGCGAGAAGCUGCUGUGCCCGUUGCUCAGACUCAAAGCAGCCUCUACUCCAAACCUAUCAGCAGUGAAUCUCUGGCCAGUCCUGUCCCAUUGCUGCUGCCUCUGGCCUCCUCUGACAGCAUCUACCCACCUCCCUCUGUGCCUCUACCCAGUCUCGCUCCCUCCCUUACCACCCCCAGUGCUGCCUCAGUGCCCACCUCUACCUCCUCAUCUUCCUCGUCCUCCUCUUCAUCUUCAUCAGUGGCAUCCUCAGCUGGGAACAGCUUUGACUGUGGAGUGGCUCCUCACUCACGACUGACCUUCUCCCAGAGCAAGGAGUCCUCUGGACCUGUGACAAAUGGUUUUAAUGGUGUAAGGACCUCUGCUGCUCUAGACUCCACAUCGAGUUCCUCCACUCCAAAGCCAGAGUCUCCGUCUUUAGGCAGUAGCACCAGUGUUGCACCUUCUGCCCCGUUGUCUCUAUUACCCCCUUCAGUUACGCCCCACAGCUCAACUCUAUCCAGCCUGGCACCUGAACUGCCCUCUGCAACCCUCCCAUCUCUCAGCAGUAGCCAUGUGAGCAGUGGGCUUUCCUCAGUAUCAGCCCUCGGUACCAGCUCUUCACUAACGUACACUAAUGUGGACAGUGUGAAUUCUCUGGCUGCGUCGUCAGUGGCGUUCUCCUCCGCGUCAGUCUCGGCUCUUUCCAGUAACAGUGUGAGCAGUGCAGGAAGCAGCAGCCUGCACUCAGCAGCUCUCGGGCUCAGUGGGAAUGGAACCACCGCACCCUCAGCCAUCAGGACCGCACCCCUGCUUUCUUCUUCUACUGGAAAAGCGCCCCCUAACUUGUCUCAGGGGGUUCCUCCGCUGCUACCCAACCAGUAUAUCAUGGGGCCUGGAGGCCUCCUGCCUGCAUACCCGCAAAUCUAUGGCUAUGAAGACCUCCACAUGCUGCAGUCCAGGCUACCAAUGGAUUACUACGGAAUCACAUUUCCAGGACCCACCGCAACCCUGUCCAGCAGAGAUGGGAGCCUAGCCAAUAAUCCUUACUCAGGUGAAGUGACUAAGUUUGGCAGGGGCGACUCCACCUCACCUGCACCCCCUACUACCCUGUCAGCAGCUCACGCUCCCCAGGCAGCUCAGCCCCCACAGGCGCAGAGCCAAGGCCAGAGCCAGCCUCAGCCGCAGGCCCACCACAGCACCCAGCAGGCCUUCCUCAACCCAGCUCUGCCCCCUGGCUACAGCUACACGGGCUUGCCCUACUACCCAGGUGUGCCCGGCAUGCCCAGCGCCUUCCAGUACGGCCCCACCAUGUUUGUACCUCCUGCUUCUGCUAAGCAGCAUGGCAUGGGCCUGAGCAACCCCUCCACACCAUUCCAGCAGCCCAGUGGUUACAGCCAGCACACCUUUAGCUCAGGGUAUGAUGACCUGACGCAAGGCCCAGCGGGAGCAGAAUACAGUAAAGGGUACAGCAACAGCUCUCAGACACAGGCCAAAUCUGCUGCUUCUGGCCCAGGAAAAGGUGUCUCAGUGACAUCCAGUAACUCUGGCGUGCCCGACAUCAGCGGAACUGUUUACAACAAGACUCAGUCCUUUGAUAAACAGGGUUUCCAUGCUGGCACACCACCUCCCUUCAACCUGCCCUCGGCUCUAGGGGGUACAGGACCUCUGAACCCCGGCGGUGCCCCUGGUUACGCUCCAGCUCCGUUCCUGCAUAUCCUGCCUGCUCACCAGCAGCCCCACUCUCAGCUGCUGCACCACCACCUCACCCAGGACGGACAGGGUGGGCCGAAUCAGAGGAACCAGAGCAGCAGCAUGCAGCAGAAGACCCAGGUCAACAAAUCCAACUACGGCAGCUCUCCCUACUGGGGCAAUUAAAUAGUGCGAGAGCCCUUUGGCCAUCUGAUGCAUACCAAGUUACUGGCCCAUUCUGAUCAGAGCAGAGGUAGUCUCUGCACAGCAGCAAGCUAAACACACACACAUAUACACAAACACACACACACACACACUACCAUCUCCCAUCCCCUAGUUCUCAUCCACCCCUUUUAAAAGUUUUGGCUGUUGUAUGUAAAAUAUAUUUAUGUAUGUAUUUAUACAGUAUAUAUGUAUUGGUAGAAUAUGAAAUGUGGUUUACGGCAUUUUUUUGCUUUGAAGGACCGUUUCUGUUCAUUUCAAAAGAGGAUUAUGAUACGAGGAUGAGAACUAAGUACUAAAUGGAAGGUGCAUAUUACUUGAACAUGACCCAACUUCAUGACAAUGUGGGAGAUUUUUUUUUUUUUGUAUACAUACAUGAACUUAACAAUGGUGUACAUUAUUGCUAAGCAUCAUUUGAUGGUGAAGCCUUUUUUUAAACUCUUUUUGUAUUGUACCCAUGCACCUCAUUGACCUGUGAAUUUUUAUUUUACUUGAGGAGGCUUUUUUUUUUUUUUUAAGUUCAGUGCCCAACUUUAUUUUCACAUCCCCUUCAAUUGUGAAUCCCUCCUUUAUCCCGUUAUUUGGCUUAAACAUUGUUUUGAAUCUGAGCAUCAUUUUAAUAUUGAUUUUACCCUUGUCGUCAAAAUAAAAUAUCUGACCAGGUCUUA